GACACGGAGGCACAGAUAGAGAGACACACACAUAACGUGUAGGUUUCGGUAUUGAUGAGAUUGAGAUUGAAAUCAUUGCACUAUUCUUCAACUCCUUCCUUAUCUCAAACAAAACUCGAUUCAAUCGUCGUCGUCGUCGUCAGUUAGAUAUAAAAAGAGAGUUGAAAAAAUGGCGAAUUUGUACGUGAAGGCGGUGCCACCGCCGGAUCUGAACAGGAACACGGAGUGGUUUACAUACCCAGGGGUUUGGACCACCUAUAUAUUGAUUCUCUUUUUCUCUUGGCUCAUGGUCCUCUCCGUCUUCGGCUGCUCUCCCGGCAUGGCUUGGACCAUUGUCAAUCUCUCCCAUUUCGUCGUCACUUAUCACUUCUUUCAUUGGAAAAAAGGAACUCCGUUUGCUGAUGACCAGGGGAUCUAUAAUAGGUUGACUUGGUGGGAGCAGAUUGACAAUGGAAAGCAGCUCACACGUAACAGGAAAUUCCUAACUGUUGUGCCCGUGGUGCUGUACUUGAUAGCCUCUCAUACAACAGACUACCAACACCCAAUGCUCUUCCUCAACACUCUUGCAGUGAUUGUGCUAGUUAUCGCCAAGUUCCCCAACAUGCACAAGGUCCGAAUCUUUGGAAUCAAUGGUGAUCAGUGAGUUUUGGUCUGCAUCAUGAACCAUUUAAUUUUGACGGUGUAAAAACCUCCAAUCCUUUCUGCUGCUGAAAGGUUAGAUCCCUGUAUAGAAGUCAGAACUGGAAAUGAUUUCGAUAUGUAAUGUUUUUGUGCCCCGACAGUUCUACAAGCUGUCUUCCCUGGAUAUUGAAAGAAUAAUUGUAUUAAAUUAAAUAUGUACAGUAGAAUUUUCGUGUA